CGCAAGACAUGGCCCGGCACGACGCGCUCCUCUCGGCCAUCUUGCUGCUCGCGCUGCUCGUGCCUGGCAUGAGCGCGGCCAACAUCACGAGCGGCAACUCGACGUUCGACCAGAACGCCAACGCGCUUUUCUCGUCGGCCUCGAACAUCGCAUGGGCGCCCGGCCUCGUGGCCACCAUCUCGCUCAUCGCCGGCGUUAUCGUCACCUUUUUUGGCUACAAGCUCUUCCGCCCCGUCAUGUUUAUCUGCGGCUUUGCAGUCGGGUCAGUUCUCGGCUACCUCAUUGCGGAAAAGAUCUUCAGCGGCCAGUCGUAUGUGGUCACGGCGUCCUGGAUCGCCUUCCUCGUCCUCGGGCUCCUCGUCGGCUCGAUCGUCAUGAACAUUUGGGUCUGCGGCGUCUUUCUCGUCGGGGCAGCCGCCGGCGUCCUCCUCGCGUUUGAGCUCAACACGUCGGUCGGGUACAAGAUUUACCCGUCGAACCCGACGACGAGUCUCUGGAUUCUCAUCAUCGUGCUUGGGCUCAUUGCCGGCGGCUUGGCCAUCUGGCUGGAGCGGCCGAUGCUCAUUGUCGCGACGAGUUUGUUUGGCGCGAUCGCAACGACAUGGGGCAUUGGGUACUUUGCCGGUCAGUACCCAAGCAGCACGGAGCUCGAAGCUUGGCGCAAGCAAGCGGCGAACGGGACGUUCGAGUACGACUUGCCGAACGCGUGGUGGGCCUACUUGGCUGCGACCGCUGUCCUUUUUGGGCUGGGCGUCUUUGUCCAGUUUCAUAAGACCGCGGCCGGCGUUGUGCACUCGAACCCGCGCCGGAAGGACGCGGCGGCGACGUCGGGGCCGCACCGUGGACAGCCAAUCUCGCAUGUCUAGGACUUCUUACUGUUGACGUUAGACUUCUAAUGUAUUUUGGAUGGCUUGUAAUCGUUAGUCUUAACCAUUUGACUAAUUUUGCAGCGGCUC